AUGGCCUCGUCAACUACCAAACCAGUCCAAAAGAUCCUGGACUCGACCAAACUUGCGAGCUUGUCGAAAUUUAUCCGCAAACCACCAAUUGAUCCCAAAACUACAAUCCAGGGGAAGAUCCGUGAUCCCAAUUCCAAUGCAUUCAAGGAGUAUGCGAAGCGCGAGGGUCUGCGAUUGCAAAAGGCGCUGAACGCAAUCACACAUGGCAAGGACAUCUUUGUCUACCAUAAUGUGCGCACAAAGCAGGUCGUGUAUUCGCUGACUCGGUAUUUGGAGGAAAACAACGUCCUCCGCCAGAUGAUUUACCAUGGCAAGAAAACCAUACCCGCCGAGCUCCGUCGUGAUAUGUGGGUGCCAUACUACUCCGUCCACUUCAGCAGCUCAAGGUUGGGCUUGCGUGCAUACCACCUGCUCCGUGAAUUUUCAAUGCAACGACAGCUCGCUCCGCCCCAAGAGAUGAUCACUGUAACAGAAGAGUACCUCACAGCUAAGCGACCAAGGGAUCCCGUUGAAGCAGAGAAGUUCGACAGAAUCAACAAGAAGCGACUUGGUCAAACAAUGGAGAAGAAGGAGCGCGCCCGUGUCUUGAUGGACCAGAAGGCGACCUCUGUUGCAGACAUUGCGGCUGUCCUGGGUAUCCAGCAAGAAGCCAUCGAAAAUGGACUGCUCGAGCGCUCCGACAAGCCUGGAUACCUCACAAAGGCGGCGCGUCGCCGCCGCCGCGAAGCCUUCAACCAAGCACUGGAGCUGGAGGAGAAGCGUGGAGCCCGUGUCGCCGAACUUGAGGAGAUCCUGAACAACAGCAGCCUCAUGGAUGUGGAUGUGAAGAUCGGCGAUCCAGAGGGUUCUCGCCCCGAAGAUCCCUUACAGGUGAAGAUCCUUUGGCAGGAUGUACAUGACGCUCAUUAUGCCGAGUCCUGGAUUGAUGGCGUUGAGCACGGUCAGCUGAAGCUUGGCCGUAGCCCCGUGAUGCCUAGUGAACAAGUUCUGCACAAGGCCAAGGUCCUCGCGGAAGACGGGUUCACGGAGGACAAGAAGGAGUAA